UGAUCACCGUCUCGACCUCCUACAGUUGCAUGCACUAACAGGUGGCCCAUAUAAGUUGCCUGCAGAACACCGCAAUGGAACGUUGACGCCUGAAAAGGUUGACGCGCUGAGUUACUAGGCCGGAGGGAUAUUACAUAUGACUUUGAAACCCUUCCAAAAAUGGACGUUAUCCAAGCAGACAAUCAUGUUGCUGCCAGUCAAGAUAGGUUGCCGGAAAUUCCUGUCACUGACCAACAUCAAGCAGGAGAUAGUAUGCCAUUCAUUAAACAAGAAGUCAACCAACAGUUUGUGACAAAGCCACUUGGCGUUGAUGUCGACGACGAUGACGAUGAGCCUACUUCAAUGGACGGGGACGCUGACGACAGCAUGGCAGAGGACGAAGACGAGCUGGACUUGAACAUGGUCCAUGGAUUGCUCCGGCAGUGGAGAAAGCUGCAGAGCGGCUGGCACGACGCUUCGCGCGGCUGCCCGGGGGCCCCUCGGAACCCGCGCCGCUGACCCCCCUGGAGGCGGCUGCCCUGCAGGCCACACUCAAGGAGCUGGGUACCGCCACCGCCUUCCCGCACGCCGGCGAGCCCACUCAGGAGGGCGUGGCGGCGGUGGAGCGGCUGGCGCAGCAGGCCUUCGCGGGUAUGGACCUGAGCAACCCCCCCGCUGCUGCUGCUGGCGGCGGCGGUAGUGCAGUGCCGGGAGCAGGAGGAGCAGGAGCUGGGAGCGGCAUGGAGGG